ACCAAUGGGAGGGCAGGACCGACAUAGGUGCCAGGGUCACUCGGGGAGAGUGUGCAGAGCCUUCCCCGCCAGCGCCUUGGCUCUUGUGCUCCGUGAGUUAGGUCGGUUAUUCGCGAUUGCUCAGGCCCGCUGCUAACGCGGGGACUCGCUCCGCGCCGCCUGGGACCCCUACCUCAGGCGUGGCCCUGAUGGUGCGGCAGGCUCUGGACUCCUAAGCCUCUGGAGCGAGUUUAAGAUUUUGUAUAUGUGCAUGGCAUAGAAGAUGAAUUCUUCCUGUUCCACCAUGAAUGAAGAACCUGAUGCUCUAACAGUAGUUAACCAGCUACGGGAUCUAGCCGCAGAUCCAUUGAAUAGAAGGGCCAUCGUCCAGGAUCAGGGAUGUCUGCCUGGCCUUAUUUUAUUUCUGGACCAUCCCAACCCUCCUGUUGUCCACUCGGCUUUGCUCGCUCUUCGAUACCUGGCAGAAUGUCGUGCAAACAGAGAAAAGAUGAAAGGAGAGCUGGGUAUGAUGUUAAGCUUGCAGAAUGUCAUCCAGAAGACUACAACUCCAGGAGAAACAAAACUUCUUGCCUCUGAAAUCUAUGAUAUUCUUCAGUCCUCCAAUAUGGCAGAUGGUGAUAGUUUUAAUGAAAUGAAUUCACGUCGAAGGAAAGCUCAGUUUUUUCUGGGAACUACAAAUAAACGUGCUAAAACAGUAGUACUGCACAUAGAUGGUCUUGAUGAUACGUCUCGAAGAAAUCUAUGUGAAGAGGCUUUGUUAAAAAUUAAAGGCGUUAUUAGCUUUACUUUUCAAAUGGCUGUUCAAAGAUGUGUGGUGCGAAUCCGUUCAGAUUUAAAAGCUGAGGCUUUGGCAUCAGCAAUAGCAUCAACCAAGGUCAUGAAAGCUCAACAAGUUGUGAAAAGUGAAAGUGGGGAAGAGAUGCUGGUUCCAUUCCAAGAUACUCCUGUGGAAGUAGAAGAGAACACAGAGCUGCCUGACUACCAAGGGGCCAGUUUUCCAUUGUUGUGGUGA